AUAUCAAUGGUUUCAAACAAUUCCAACAUCAAUUCCUGUGGGCUCACAAGCUUUUUUUCCCCCUUAAAUUUAUAAAUAUGUCCAUAAUUUCAUACAUUUUGGAGAUCACUAAUCCAACUUAACUCACCUCACCAACCUCUUCAAUUCUUCAAUCAGAAAACCCAAAAAUUUCAUUUCAUCAAUCAUCAUGUUGAUCACUACCAAAACAACUAAUUCACCUGCUAGUGAUGAUGAGCUUAGCCUCUCAAUUCCAAUUCUAGAGAUCAAAACCCAAUAUGGUCAUGAUUUCAUCAACAUUAGUCCUCCUACUAAUCAUGAUCUAAUAGAGACUAGAAUUCUAUCUCCAAGGUACUCCAAAAACGUCACCGUCAUCGGAGGCGGAGGCGGUGUUGGUCUGGGUAUUGUUGCUGCACUUGACAACUUCAGUUGCACAGUGGACGGGGAGAAAACCGUGACCAAACUCACCUGCGGUACUAAUCGCUCUAAUCCGAUUGCCAUAUCGACUAUUAAUAAGUAUACUAAUGGUAUUAAUCCCAAAGGAUGUGAAGGUUUAGGAAGUGUGGAGAUGGCUACUAGUACUACUGGUGGUGCUACUAGUGUAACAAGAUCAGUGUAUUGUGAUGGAGGUAUUCAAAAUAUGAGAAAUCAAAGAUUGAAAAAAUGGAGACAAGUUGGUGUGUUUUAUGAAUCGCCGUCGCCGGUAUUUUAUAAUUCAAGCGUCGUUGCCAGAGAUUAUCCUCCAUCGGAUUUUCUUAGUUCAUGUUAUUUAUGUAGGAAAAAGCUGCAUGGGAAAGAUAUAUACAUGUACAGAGGUGAAAAAGCAUUUUGUAGUACAGAAUGCCGGUACAAACAAAUAGCUGACGAUGAACGUAAAGAUAAGAAGCGUCCUCGUCGUAGAAAUGAAGUUUCGAGAUCAUCUUUCGAUAUAUCAUCAUCCGCGGGUGGCUCACCUUACUUGGAGGAUCAUCUUUUCUCUCCUGGAAUAAUGGCAAUAUGAUUUUUCUGCAACACACACUGAAAGACUGCAGGUUAAAUAGGUUUAACCGGAUAUAGGCUUAUGCUGCAGAAAAAUGUAAUGUUAAUGUAUGGAUAUAGCUUCGUAUCAGGAAGCGGAAAAACAAAAUUUUGGUCAUGGUUAGAUCAAUGAAAAUAUACAGCUUAAUAGUGUUUGUUAA